AUGGGCCCACUUGUCUUCACCAGGAAUCAAGUUAUCAGCACGCUCAGAUUGGUUAGCGGCGAUGAAAUCUGGGUAGUAGAUAGAAGGCAAGGGAACAAUUUGCUCCAAGUGCUUGACCAAUUGACGUUGAAGGUCAUAGUCAAGAACUUGAGCACGUUGCAUAGCACCAGCCAAAUUGAGCUUAGAGAUAUCCCAACCGCCAAUGACGAAGUCAUUAGGGUGCAAAAGAGGGACAAUCUCGUUGAAAGGAGCAUAAACAUCCUUUCCAUUAGCAUCAAUACCAAGCUUGAUGGUAGCAGCUUGAGUAACCGAACCGAAAUAGUUGGGCUCAAUCUUACCAUUCUUGGUAUUGAAAGAGAUGUUGUGACGGUUGGCAGUGACAGCAGCAGUCAAGGUAGAACCGUUAUUACCACCAAGACCAACGAGAAGCAAACCGGUCUUGGGGACCUUGGUGUCUAA